AGUUAGGGUCCAGCCCUCCCCGUGUCCAAUUUCUCUGUGUCAGCUGUUGUCGCUCAGCUGUCCACUUUCCUCCAGCCCUGUCAUUUCAGCUCUGACACCAAGGCGAGAGGCUAGGAGGUCUACAAACACCGUCUGGGUAGCUGGUGUGAGUACAGAGAAUACUGGGGGGGCUUAGCCCCCAAGGAAGAAGACCGGCCCUCCCCCAGCACCACCGUCAAGAUCCCAGGGGCUCCCUCUUUCCUCCACAGGCUGUGGACUGACUUAGGGAAUUCCAAACGAUGACAGAAAAGGAGGUGCUGGAGUCCUCCUCCUUCCCAGCAGAGACUCGGCAAAGUGGGCUACAGCGGCUGAAGCAAUUAUUCAGGAAGGAGUCUACAGGGACAAAGGAAACGGAGCUUCCCCCAGAGCCCCAGGCCAAUGGGGAAGCAGUGGGAGCUGGGGAUGGGCCCAUCUACUACAUCUAUGAGGAAGAGGAGGAAGAAGAGGAGGAGGAGCCACCCCCAGAACCUCCUAAGCUUGUUAAUGAUAAGCCCCACAAAUUCAAAGAUCAUUUCUUCAAGAAGCCCAAGUUCUGUGAUGUCUGUGCCCGGAUGAUUGUGCUCAACAACAAAUUUGGGCUUCGCUGUAAGAACUGCAAAACUAACAUCCACGAACACUGUCGGUCCUAUGUGGAGAUGCAGAGAUGCUUCGGCAAGAUCCCCCCUGGUUUCCAUCGGGCCUAUAGCUCCCCUCUCUACAGCAACCAGCAGUACGCUUGUGUCAAAGAUCUCUCUGCUGCCAAUCGCAAUGACCCUGUGUUUGAAACCCUUCGCAUUGGGGUGAUCAUGGCAAACAAGGAACGGAAGAAGGGACAGGCAGAUAAAAAAAAUUCUCUAGCAGCCAUGAUGGAAGAGGAGCCAGAGUCUGCCAGACCACAGGAAGGCAAACCCCAGGAUGGAAACCCUGAAGGGGAUAAGAAAGCUGAAAAGAAGACACCUGAUGACAAACACAAGCAGCCUGGCUUCCAGCAGUCUCAUUACUUUGUGGCUCUCUAUCGAUUCAAAGCCCUGGAGAAGGACGAUCUGGAUUUCCCGCCUGGAGAGAAGAUCACAGUCAUUGAUGACUCCAAUGAGGAGUGGUGGCGGGGGAAAAUAGGGGAGAAGGUCGGAUUUUUCCCUCCAAACUUCAUCAUUCGGGUCCGGUCUGGAGAGCGUGUGCACCGCGUAACGAGAUCCUUCGUGGGGAACCGCGAGAUAGGGCAGAUCACUCUCAAGAAGGACCAGAUUGUGGUGCAGAAAGGAGAUGAAGCCGGUGGCUACGUCAAGGUCUACACCGGCCGCAAGGUGGGGCUGUUUCCCACCGACUUCCUGGAGGAGAUUGAGGCGUGAAGACGCCUGCUGGCGGGAGAUAACCAAACCCCAUUCUGGGCAGGCCCAGUGGAGGUUGGGGAGAAAAGGGGCGAAAGCAACUAUACUGCCGGGUGGGGGAGAUGGGAAGGCCCGCCGGAACGUGACGGUGCUUCCGGGAAGGGACUGGUUCCCGUCCCCCUCCCCCGCCGAGGGCGUCGGAUACUUGGUGCCGGGAGCAGCCUCACUCACAACCCCUCAGGUCCAGCCUUUGAGAUCUGGAAAAAGAACGCGUCUCCACUAGGGAGACGGGAGGGGGGAUUGAGGCGAACCAUCGA